CCGAUCCUUCGCAUCAACACCAUCAGCCGUCACACGAGUUUUCUUCGCGAUGGCUUCUUUCCUCCGUCAUCCACACUCGCGAUCGCUGCCGUCGCCAGCACCAAGGGAGCGCUCGCCUCCCGUCCAUUCGCUCACCGCCUGGUACACGUGAGCGACUACCGGCUUUCAGACUCGACCUCCACGAUCGCGAUCACGAGAACUUGUCGCCACCACCACAGCCAUGGCCCUUCCCAACACCCUCCUCGCGCUCCUCACGACGCUUCUCACAACAGCGCACGCCUUGAACGUCACCGUUCCCUCCGAGAUCAAAGCUGGCGUCGAGACGGAAAUCGAAAUUGGCUUCGACUACUGGAAACAGCCGUUCGUUUACGAGACCCUCCCCGGGCCAGUGUUUGAUGAGGUUGUGGCGGUAUGCCGCAAUCCGGUGAACGAGGACGUCGGCUGCGGCCAUGACAUGCUGUACGAGCACUACCAGAUAUUCCUGUACACUGAGGAAUGGAUGUACACCUGCUACCUAAGCGACUUCAUCCCAAUGGGCACAACCAACCCCAAAAUCACAAUCCCCAAAGACCUCGGCCCCUCCGAACCCUACAAAAUCACAGCCAUGGCCUUCAACGGCUCCAAAAUCCAAACAAACUACUACGGCGUCGAGUCCUCCCCGGACUUCACCCUCACAAACACAGACAUCAAAGACUGGACGGCAUGGGAAUCCUACGGCGGCUGGCUGAAGCCGUGGCACUCCCUCCCCUGCUCCUCGUACGGCUGCUUCCGCACCUGCGGCCUCAAAUUCGCAGACCAGUACGGCAACAAGAAGCAAGGCACGGCCGCGGGGCUCUUCAACUGCCUCAACGAGUGCCCCGGUAUCCUCGCGGACUGGAACGACCCGGAUUCGCAGUGGUCGUGGUAUAAAGCGUUCGACGGGCACGACUGGUCCGGCGAAUCGACGGCCGUGACGACGAGCACCCCGAGCGCGGUGCCUAGUACCACGGGUUACGGGUAUCAGACGAUGGAUAAGCAGGAGACGACGUUGUAUGGCACGCCGACGGCGCCGACGGUGUAUUCGUGGGAGAGUCUCUUGACGGCGAGGCCGACUGCGACGAGACAGGCUUCGGCGGGGAGGCGGACGGCGAAACCGCCGGUGGCGGUGCCGAAGAAGACGAGCUAUGCGGGACUCAUGGCGACGAUGAUUUUGACGUGCCUCGUUGCUUUUGGCGUUGGUUCUUUGCUUGGUUGGAUUUGGCCGGAUGCAUUGAGGCAAGAUGGAUGAAUGUGGCUGUACAUAUGAAGUGCAUAGUAAUGUGGCUUAGUCAUGGGAUGAUACUUGAAGAUGAAAAACAAUACUACCUAAAUGCCAUGGCCAACUACUAGAUCAAUUGAGCUAUGUCUCGUAGCCGCCUUUCGACUGCUUUAGAUUCGGGCUUCUCUGCAUCGAAGCUCAAAGGCCGAGCGGAUCCUCUUAGCUAAUAGUAAAAGCCACCAGAUAACACCGCCUGCACCCCGCACAAGCUCGACGCACCAGCUGGGUGCUCCAGGGAACGCCCGGACGCGCGCUUUGGUGCGGGGAACUGCCGUGCAGUGAGACGGGGACUUGAGAAUCGGGAUUCGUAGCCCAUUGUUUACCUCGAAACGUCU